AUGAAACGGGGUUCUAUUAGAGGAUUACUAGGUAAAAACAGAUUCAGUCGCAGCUUCUCACAUUCUAGCGUAAAUGUGAUAGAAUCGGUUCCCAAAUUUCCACCAAAUUCCACAAUAUUCUCCUUGAUUCAACCAACAGGAAAGAUCCAUCUUGGUAACUAUUUGGGUGCCAUUCGUAAUUGGAAAGAUUUAUCUGAAUCACAGAGUCCUGGAACGAAGUACAUUUUUGGUAUAGCAGACUUGCAUGCGAUCACGGUACCGCAAAAUCCUGCCAAGUUAAAAGAAAACAGAUAUGAGGCCAUCGCAAGCCUACUCUCAGCAGGGAUUGAUCCAGAUGCUUGUAUUUUGUAUCACCAAUCAUCUGUGCCGGAACAUACCGAGUUGAACUGGAUAUUGACCUGUAUAACCAGUAUGGGAAGCUUAAACAGAAUGACUCAGUGGAAACUGAAAUCACAGCAAAUCGAGACAAGCACAAUUUUUGACGAAGAUGUCCUUGGGAAGACAAAAGCUGGUUUAUUGUGUUAUCCGGUGUUACAAGCGGCUGAUAUUCUUAUAUUCAAGUCAACGCACGUUCCGGUAGGAGAUGAUCAAUCGCAGCACUUAGAGUUAUGUCGUAAUAUUGCAUCUACAUUUAAUCACACCUUCAAAACAAACUACUUUCCCCUUCCCAGCACUCUAUUGACUCCGGCAAAAAAGAUGCUCUCGCUUAGAAACCCCACCAAAAAGAUGUCUAAGUCUGAUGCGGACCAGAAUUCGUGUAUCUAUGUCACAGAAUCACCAGAUGCUAUCGCCAAAAAGAUCAAAAAAGCCACCACUGAUUCAAUACAGGGUAAAAUAUAUUAUGAUCCGGAAAAUAGACCCGGCAUAUCCAAUUUGAUUAACAUUAUCUCCGGGCUCUCUAGAAAAUCUGUCGUAGACACCGUCGAAGACUUACUGUGGGUCAAAGACCACAAACAAUUGAAAGAUCACGUCACCGAGCUCAUUGUUGAGGAAUUUACUGAUAAAAGACAUUUAUUCAAUGAGCUUAUGACUGACUUCUCCUAUCUUGAUCUGAUCUGUAAAGUUGGUACUACAAAAGCUAGAGAAAUUACCCUGGUCAAUAUUCAAGAGAUCAAAAAAAUUGUAGGUUUGGACUAG